ACAGACAGUACUUAAUAUAAGUGAAAAAUAAAGAUGAACGCUCUUCAACCUGUCCUGAAAUUACCAAAAAAUUCGAAGCAGAAAGAAGAUGGUGGCAGCAGCAACAGCGGUUAUGACUGGUACAAUUCUCACGUCCUCGCUGCUUCCCCGAGGGCUUACGAGACCAGUUCCUGGUCUGCAUUGGACAAAUAACCAGCGACAGUUUGUGAGGAAGACUGCCUCUAAUGUUAUCACUGCAAAAUUUGAGCUCAAGCCUCCACCAUAUCCGCUGAAUGCUUUGGAGCCAAAUAUGAGCCAAGAAACCCUGGAGUAUCACUGGGGAAAGCACCAUAGAGCUUAUGUUGAGAACCUAAACAAGCAAAUUGCAGGAACAGAGUUAAAUGGCAUGUCAUUGGAAGAGAUUGUAAUUGUUUCAUACAACAACGGGGACAUGCUUCCAGCUUUCAAUAAUGCUGCACAGGCUUGGAAUCAUCAAUUCUUCUGGGAAUCCAUGAAACCGGGCGGUGGGGGAAAGCCAUCUGGAGAACUUCUAAGUUUGAUUGAAAGAGAUUUUGGUUCUUUUGAAAGAUUUGUAGAAGAGUUUAAAUCUGCUGCAGCCACGCAAUUUGGUUCUGGCUGGGCUUGGCUUUCAUAUAAAGCAAAUAGGCUGAAUGUUGGAAAUGCAGUAAAUCCUUCUCCAUCAGAUGAGGAUAAAAAGCUUGUGGUGGUGAAGAGUCCCAACGCUGUAAAUCCCCUUGUUUGGGACUAUUCUCCGCUACUUACAAUUGAUGUUUGGGAGCAUGCAUACUACUUAGACUUUCAGAACCGCAGACCUGAUUACAUAUCAACAUUUAUGGAGAAGCUUGUAUCAUGGGAUGCAGUAAGUGACAGACUCGAGAAUGCGAAGGCUCGCGCUGCAGAAAGAGAAAAAGAAGAAGAAAGGAGGAGAAAGGAGGAAGAGGGGGAAAAAGCUGGAGAUGAUGAAGCUGUAGAAGUGUACUUGGAUAGUGAACAUGACGAAUCAGAAGUUGAAUGAAUUUGGAAACAUGGACACGUUUUUCUUGAAUCUACCAUGGGUUUUGUAGGAUACCACCAAUUUCCGGGUCUUUGCGGGGUUAGGAGAUAUUAAUUGAGAUCUAGUUGUUGUGUUGUAUCAAUGAACAAGCAUAUUUCAACCCGAAUAACACAAACUAUUUCCAAGAA